AUGUCAAUAACAGUUGACAGUAAUAAUCUUAGUUUUGUUAACGAUUUGAAUCCUGGGAAAGAUAUGUGGAACAUGAAAGCGAGAAUUAUUCGAAAAUGGAAUAAGGGUUACAAGAUGGAUCUCAUCUUCAUUGAUGAGAAGGGUGCUAAGAAUCAAGAAGGUAUUAAGACUCAUUUGAUACAUGUUUUUGAUGGUCAGCUUCAAGAAGAUGCUGUUGUGAUUCUGUCCAAAUUUGGUGUUGGUGAGAAUAAAGAUUUAUAUAAAGUAGUGGUGCAGCCUUAUAAAAUCAACUUUUAUAGAUGCACAACUGUUACUCCUGUGAGAGAUUGGCAAGGUGUUGAGUAUGGUUUCAACUUCAGAGCUUAUGAAGAUAUUCUUCAAGGAGAGGCGUUAAAUGUCUUAAGUGUUGAUGUUGCUGGAUCUGUGAUUUGUUGUGGAGAUCUUCAAAUCUUUGAUCGACCUCCAAAGCAGACUAAGAAGAUGAAUUUCGAUACUGAAGACUUGGAGGGUAAGGUUUUGCGGUGUACCGUGUGGAAUGAUUAUGCUCUACAGAUUAAGGACUUCAUUUCUAAAGUCCCACCUCAUGAGCUUGUGAUGGCUGUUAUACAGCAUGGAAAGUGUGAUUAUAAUAUUCAAAGUGAUAAGUUUGCAACACGAAUUUUUAUGAAUGAAGAAAUUGAUGAAGUUAAUGAGCUAAGGAGGAGGCUUAUACUAAAGUUUGGACAAGGGAGUGGUUCUACUUCUCAAACAAUACUAUCGUCUCAGAGUGUUUUUCCAUUGCAUAAAGAAUUUGUAACUGAUGGUGUGAAGAAACAUGUUGAUGAGAUUAGUGAGAUAGAAAAUGAAAUGUCUUGUGUUGUGGUUGCGACAAUUAAGAUUGUGCAAGAAGAGUAUGGUUGGUUUUAUGCUGCCUGUCGUAAGUGUUUCAAGAAGGUGAUGGGUAAAAGUGAAUACUUGCAGAAUGUUGAAAAUGUUUCAGAUGACAUUCUUCGAUUGCCUGCGACUUCUUUGGUUUGUAUCAAAUGUCAUACGGAAUGUACAUCGAUCACCACAAAGUUCAAGGUGCAAGUGCCGGUGCAUGAUGAGAGUGGUAGUGUUUCUUUUGUUAUGUUUGAUAGAGAUGUUCAGAAGCUUCUUGGAUUAGCGGUGAGUGACAUAAGAGAGAGGCAGGUUAAGGCCAAUGAUACUAGAUUCCCUCAUGAGAUAUUUCGAUUGGUUGAUAAGAAGGCUGCUUUUAAGACUGAUGUUUCAGAGUUCAAUCUUAAAAAUGACUAUCAUGUUACUCAAGAGGUAGCUGACGUUAAAGACGUUAACCUUUCAGAAUCUCUCCAGGUGUCUGCUGAACGAACUUCAAGGGUGAGUAUUUAUUUUGAAACCGUUGAAGUUGAAAAGGAUUCUGGAUCAAGUCCCAAUGGAAAGCGGAUGGCUCGAGAUGCUGAUGUUGUCAACGUUGGUGAGCUAUCUACUAAUGUGAGAAGAACCUGGAAGAAGUUGACUAAGGUUAACAAUUAG